AUUAUCACAACAGUUCAAGUGGAACUGCUUGAAUCCAUUUACUGAAGAAAAUAAAUUUUCAUCAAUAUAUUCGUAUUCGAUCUCAUAGAUGAGAAAUUGUAUGGGUAACAAUUUUGAACUCCGCCCAAUAAUCAAGUGUUACAAGUAUCAUUCUAAAGUAGCCAUAAUUACUCGAAAUUUGAACGUGUUGAAUUCCUUUCGAUCGUUAAAAACUAUUAUGAAUCGUUAUAUUUUUUGUUCGAACCAUCAUAACCGUCAUUAUUUUUUACAUAACGCUCCGCGAGCUAGCCCGAUCCUGUUUCCUCUGGCAUCGCGUGUCUUCUCUCCGCAAGUAUAAAAAGUUUCUUUUGCACUGAACUUCACAGAUAAGUAUAUCGUGAUGCGGUAAACAUGGUUUCGAAUAAUGUUUUUCUAUUCAGAGUAAUAAUUUUUUUGUGGGUAUUUUGUGCCGCUUUGUGUGAGCUCCGAAAAAGAGAUGUUCACAGAAUCGUGAUCGAAGAAAUGGUUCCAAGAAGCCACAAAAAAGGGCAUAUCAAUCCACACGGGCAUGGCCAUAAGGGCCAUUCCGGCCAUGGUUACAACAGUAAAAACAAGAAAGGAAAGCGUGUCCACAAAAGUCAAGGAUCAGAGACGAGUAGCUCUGAGGACAGUAGCAGUUACAGCAGGGAAAAUAGUUUCGAGGAUGUUUUCUAUGGCCGCCAGAAGCAGAAACCUUACCACAAAAAGAAGCCCUCCCACAAUCGACCCUCGUAUCCAACAAACUUAGAAAUCGAAGAGUCAAGGCGGCAUCAGUACAGAGAACCAAAACCACAUUCUGACAAUGACUGGGUUCCACUCAACGCUGAACAGAUAAUCCAACACUCGCACGAAAACUACAGGAAUCCUGAUAAGAGAAAGAAAAGGAAGGAGCAGAAAAUUAAAAGCAGGAAACAAAGCAGUAAGAAUACGAAACAACACCAUAUUUCAGAGUAUACCACUUCAUAUCCACUGAUAAAUUUCGAUACUUCCACUCUUUAUGCAUCAUUGCCCGUUUUAUCCGGUACCUUCACUGACUUCGACGGCAAAGUUUUACAAACCAACCAGUCGCCUAUAUUUAAUCCCUUUGAACAACCAAAAGUUGACUACUCCAGUUCAAAAGAUAAUUUAGAUCGUUUGAGAAAUCAUCGCUCAAGUUAUGGUGUAAGGGAAGCUAGUGAAGCUGACAUUGGUUCUUUCAUUUUGGUACCUGAUAGCAAAUCUGAGGACUCUCUAGAUGACCAACAUCGUAAAGUGGUCACUGAAGCCAACAAAUCAAACAGAAAUAGAGGUUCAGUAACAUACUAAUCACAGCAAAGAACCUUUCAAAUAACUAAUCUUUAAACAGAGUGAAUCAUACAAUUGUUAAUGCUUGUAAUAAUCGAUAGACUAUACUCAUUCCAUUGUAUCACAUGAAAAUCUCCUUCAAGGUGAUCGUUCAAUACAAGAUAUAAUUUCAAUCAAUCAA